GGCAUUAUGGUAAUAGCAAAUGAAGUCCGAAUAGCCCUCCAAAGGCUAAAACUAAUUGAAAAACUAAUCCUACACCGAGAAACCCCUUGGUUAUUAUCAGCGGAUGAAAAGAAAAUAAAAGAUGAUGAUAGUCAAGUUAUUAAGGCUUUGAAAAAUAGUAUCCGAACCUCAGAAAUUAUUAAACAAAAAGACCAAGAUAUCGCUAGUUUAAAAGUUAAGAUUGGGGA